AUGUCCGAUGCCUCUGGCCUCGCCGAGGAGACAGACAUCGACGUGGUGGGGGAGGGCGAGGAGGACGACGACGAGGAAGAGGAGGACGAAGACGACGAGGGCGGCGACGGCGGGCGUCGGCUGGCGGUCACCGCGCCCGGGAGGCGGCGGCGGCGACGCUCGUACGCUGGGGAGGACGAGCUGGAGGAUCUGGAAGAGGACGACGACGACGAUGACAUCCUGCUGGCCCCGCGGGCUGGGGGCUCCCCGGCGCCCCCCGGGCCUCCCCCAGCGGCGGGAGCCGGGAGCAGCGGGGGCGGCAGCGCAGCAGCGGGCGGCGGGGUCGCGGGCGGCGGCGGCGCCAAGAACCCACUGGUGAAGCCGCCCUAUUCGUACAUCGCGCUCAUCACCAUGGCCAUCCUGCAGAGCCCCAAGAAGCGCCUGACGCUGAGCGAGAUUUGCGAGUUCAUCAGCGGCCGCUUCCCCUAUUACCGGGAGAAGUUUCCCGCCUGGCAGAACAGCAUCCGCCACAACCUCUCGCUCAACGACUGCUUCGUCAAGAUCCCCCGCGAGCCGGGCAACCCGGGCAAGGGCAACUACUGGACGCUCGACCCCGAGUCCGCCGACAUGUUCGACAACGGCAGCUUCCUGCGCCGGAGGAAGCGCUUCAAGCGGCAGCCGCUGCUCCCUCCGCGCAGAGCGACCCCUUCCGACCUCGCGUCCCGGUUUUCGCCACUUCGGAUUGCCAGAGGAGACUGUGCGGGGACAGUUGGGGCGUACUUCUCGGCUCUGCGGGUCCUUCAAUUUAUGCAAAGCCGUCCGAUGCUGCAGCCCCGGAUCCGGGAUAGAGAGGAAGGAUGGGGAUUAACCGCCUUUGGCAAGGGGCCCUGUAAUGUUUUCCCUGAGUCAGCCCCAGCGGUGAAGCGGGAGCUUGUCUCUCAAAGGCGCCGUGCCUGGAAGUGGGGCGCAGACAAGAGCUCACCCCCGAUCUCUCGCCCAGGGCCAUGCUGCGUGUGCUCUACGAGCACCGUCCAGGCGCGCAGUCCCCAAUUAAAGGUUCAGUGUGCUCGAAGCCACCCGCGCUGUGCCCUCCGCCUCCCGCGGCCACGGCCAGCCCAGGAAUGCGCCGCGCGGGUCCGCUGGCUGCGCCCCAGACCCCGAGCGGCGAAAAACCAGGUCCGAGCAAAGGCCGAGCGCGUGCCCCCGAGCGCCACGCAGCAGCCGCGCACGACUAAACCCCGCCAGCCACCUGAGACGCUUCGUCUCGACCGUCCCGACUCCACGGGUGCCGGGCGCGCGGAGAGGCCACGUGGCGCGCCCGGAGGCGGAAGCCCCGCACGGACCUUCCGGCCCGCGCCCUCCGCGCGCUGCCCGGGGAGGAGGGGCACAGAGGGCAUUCGGUCCCCUGUGCACGCGGUCGCUCGGGAUGGGUGUCGCUCGCUCAGCGACUCUCGGCGGGGAAGCUGGAGGUUCCUGCUGCCGGGACCAGACGUUGGGCGGGAACGCGCGAGGUCAGCGUCCGCUCGCUCGUCUCAGAGCCUGAGGGGCCCGGGCGACGGGGGACCCCGCAUGCACUGGAUCUGUGCGCUGCUGCUUUCCGCCCUCUCAGCGCAGCGCAUUUCUUUCCCGAGACAAAAGCCCGCCAGCUCCCCACCUGUUGCCGACCCUCGUUUUCCUACUCAUGCCGGGUGCCCUUGCUCUGGUCCCAAGCUGAUGCCUGAACCAGGAGUAAAGGGAAAUGUGUUCAAGAACAAGCCAGUUCUCAUGGAACAUGUUCACAAGCUGAAGGCAGACAAGGCCCAUGACCAGGCUGAGGCCCGCAGUUGCCAAUUUCUUAAGAGAAGCAAAACCAAUGGUGUCUAUGUGUAUGUGUUUGUGUCUCUAAAGAUAGAGAGGCGGUGGGUGCGCGGCGAGGCGCUCCGGGGCCUGGAGGCUCCCCGCGCCCUCGUCCGCAGCGCGGCGCCCAGGCUGGGGCCUCCACCGCCUCCCCGGUGUGUUCGCCACCUACGGGUGCGCGCUUCAGAGGGUCUAUCUGCAAGGAUCCUCCUGGAAGACUCGCCUUCCCCUGCUGCCCACAGGACCCGCACAGGGACGCCCGCACCCUCGCAGCACCGACUUCCCUUUAAGCCUUUUAUUAACUCCUCUGGAGGAGCUGCGGCCGCGCCUCCUGCGCCCUGGUGGUCUGGCUCCUCCGCGCAGCGCACAUGCUAA